GAUCGUGAACCUACCGACAGAAUGCCACUCAAGCUGGUACCUAGCAGCCCCGAGGACGUGCCACUGAUGGUGGAAACAUACUUUGAGGCCUUCUCGCAAGAUCCGAUCCAUCAGCGUUUUGCUCCCAAAGGGACGCAGUCAGCCCACGACUUUUGGACUCAGUCUCUUUCCGCUGAGAUCCGCGACAAGAACAAUCACUUCCUCUCUGUCUGGGACGACACCACCAGCCCCCAAGUAUUUGUUGGCUUUGCGAAAUGGAUCGUUCCUGGGGCUUCUCCGGAGCCACUCCCUCCCGUUGACCAAUGGCCCAGCGAAGGCGACCAGGAAUUCUCGGCCUUCUUCUUUGGCAAGCUCGGCGACAUGCAUCACGAGGCCAUGGGCGAGAGGCCGCACUGGUAUCUCGAGAUGCUGGCCGUCAAGCCACAGUAUCAAGGCAAAGGGGCGGCGAGCUUGAUGCUCAAGUACGGGGUGGAAAAGGCUGAUGAGGACAAGGUGGAGUGCUUCCUGGAUGCGUCUCCCAAGGGACAGCCAAUCUACGAGAGGUAUGGGUUUCGAGUUGUGCAGAGCGAUAAGUUCUUGGAGGGGACCUACGUCCAGUGUGCGAUGGUUCGAGAUGCUCGGGCCUAG